AUGCCCGCUCGUCCCGAGAUUCCCAAGUGCUCGGUCGCUUGCAACUAUUGCCGCUUGAAGAAGGCCAAAUGCACGGGAAGUCGGCCGUGCACAAAUUGUGUAUCCCAUAGAGAGCAGUGUGUCUUUCCCGACAAGUCUUCCAGGAGGAAAACCAGUCACAGCCAGACCUUUCUAGAGCGACGGAUUGCAUCUCUGGAGCAACUACUUUGGCAGCACGAAGCUCCGACAAGAUCAACGCCUGCUCCAUCUGCUCCCGUACCGUAUGUCGAUGAGGCUUUGGAACGGCAACCGAGUCCCGUAUCUAUCCAACCGUCGGCGAGGUCAGAGUCAUCGUCCAAGUCCCCUUCUACAUGCCGUUCAUUCGCCCCACCGGAUAGCUCUGACAAUACUUCGCCUGGAGUGCCGACCUGGAUAUCUAACUCAGCGGAUGUAGCCCCGUCUCUUUUUGACAUUCGUGAUCUUGCAGCCUCAGAAGUCAAUCUAUCGCUGGCUGACCCGGUCUUGAAUUUGGACAAUGAACCCAACAACGGUUCAACGUCGGCGAUAGCUCCCACUUCCUGUGAAAAUUUGCGGCAGGGGCCGUCGCCCACACGACAGGACGUUGGCGAGAACACAGCCACAAGCGAGUCGAGUCUUGUCGCGGAAAAUGCUGGCGAACUGCGUGAUGGGACUCCCCCAUCCCCUAUGCAGGAGGGCGACAUCCAGGAGCAUAUUGGUACGAUUACUGACAGGGAUUCCUUUGGCAAAGUAGACAUUGACCAUGUGGUGACAGGCAAAGCCUCUUUUCUGACCAUCUGCUCUCCGCAUGGUGUCGAGUGGAUUUGCCAGCAGCUGGGUAACUCGGACUUUCACCAUAGCGCAAGCCGGCUGACCGUCACCAUAACGCGAUCGUUAAAGAUGACGAAACCGCUCUCGGUCGAACGGCAACCCGAUCCAGACUACGAGACAGCUUUGCUGUGGGCUACGGCCUUCUUUGAAGACAGCAUCGAGCACACUCUGGGACUCGUGCCUCGCCAGGCGUUCGAGCGUAGACUUCAGCAGCAUUAUUCGCACCCUCUGCCUGCUGAUAGUGACCCGCCAUGGUACAGCCUCCGAAACACCGUGUUCGCGGUAGGAAGCAGGAUUGCACUGUGUCGAGGCAGUGGACCUAUGAGCUAUACAACUGCGCAGAGACAAUCUUGGUUGUACUUUGAGAAUGCUUUGGCUGUCCUCACCAAUCUACUCUACAUGCCGUCAGACGUUACUGCUGUUGAGUGUACCUUGCUCAUGGCGUUGUACUGCGAGGCUAUCUCGGCGCCUUCUCUGGAAUAUAUGUUGCUGUCCACGGCAGUCCGGUUGGCCUACUCGAAACGUCUUCAUCUACAACCCCCCUCCUCCUGUAUCCUAUCCGAAUCCGAAAAGGUAACGCGAAAUUGGUUGCUAUGGGUAUUGUACAUGUACGAUAAGCACGUUGCCUGUAGGUCUGGUCGACCCUCGAUGAUUCGCGACGACGAUAUCAACGUUGCUUUACCUACCAAAGCCCGAGAAGACACCUCCACGGACCUGGGCCUGCUACUGGCUUCCGUCCGCCAUGCCCAGAUCUCCUACGCCAUCGAGAGAGAGUGUUACGGGACGAAGUUCGGGCUCCGGUCGAUCGAGGAGAUCUGCAAGACCAUUGAGAGACUAGACACUGAGUUGCGAUCCUGGUAUGCAGACCUGGGACAAGAAUAUCUUCUCUACACGCCCAAGCGACCCAAGGUCCUGCACCCUCGGAUUAGCCACAUCCACUUCCUGUUCCUCCAGCACUGUUUUCACGGAUCCAUGUGUGUGCUGCAUUCCGCCAUCACACAGCCUUGGAGAAGCAAUCAACUGCAGCGGAGCCAGCAGCCCGAGCACGUCAAGCAGAUCCAGGAAAGCUGUAAAACCAUCGCAGAGUCAUCUCGGGUCAUCGUCCUCAAUUCUCAAAAGUUCCCGAUCGACGCCACCACCCCUUCUUGGUUGGUUUUCUAUUUCCCGAUCCUCGCAACCAUGAAUCUGUUCCUCAACACGGUGCGCUCGCCCAACAAUCCCUCUGCGCAGUCCGACAUUACCUUGAUCGACAUCGUUGCCGGGACGUUCGCCAGGCUCGACUAUGCCAGUAGCGGGCACUUGAGCAUAAGUUUUCCUCGAGAGGUUGCUGACUAUGCUCGCGCUCUGGUUUCCAAGUCCCGCGAACAGCAUCGAGAGCCAGACUCGCGCCAGUGGACCUCGGAUCUUGACCAAUUGUUCAACCUCGACGCUGAUAUGGCGGUUAGUGGAAAAGCCCCUGCGCGGCCCUUCUCAGAGACAUGUUACUAA